UGGUCGAAAGUUUCCGACUAAGAAGGGCGCGGUUCGGUCCGCCUUCUGACGCCGCCCUUUCUCCAUCGUUCCCCUCUUUUUCUCGCUUUCCAAAUCCGUUGACGCCUCCAACGGAAGCCCAAAAUCGAGAGCAAUGGUGGAUUUGAGGCUCACGAGGGGCUUCAUAUUCUUCGAAUUGGAACCGUAGCAAUCGUAUUUUCGAUCCCGAAGGUGAUCUUGUGGUCAUGCCUAGCGGCUACAUUUUACCAGCGUUGGGGUUCUUUGCAUCAUCUAGGUGACAUUGGAAUUGGUGGCGGAAUAUAUGGAAUGGAUCUGUAGGUCUCUUUUGUGGGAUGCAUUCAUUGACUGCGGAGGAACUCGAAACCCACCCAUCAGAUAACAGGAGGAGCAGGUGAUUGCAGAGCUCACUGAAUAAAAAGACAGUAAAUAGGAAAAGGGGGAGAAAAGGGAUGGGAGAAGAUCUUCUAACUGCUUUAUCCAUUGAGAACCAUCAACCCUCCACUCUUUUGUCAAUGGACCCAUCCGGUGGUCUGGUGCCCUCUUUCUCCUAUGAUGAUUCUGAUCGUGAGCUCUUGAUGGAACGCCAUCAUAAUGUGCUCUUGAUCCAACACAAUCAGAAUGUAUUUUCCGGUGCUCCUGACAUUAAUCUUCCACUUUAUGCUGAGAGAUCUCCUUCCCAACAAUCAUGGAACUCAGACCCUAGUGACAUCUUUGACGUUGGCCUUGGGUCGCAGAUUUUUGAUGUAGAAACAACGAUCCAUGUACCCAAGGGCACAACCACCCGCAAGUGCACCAAGCGAGAGGACAGUAUCUGGGGUGCUUGGUUUUUCUUUAGCUUCUAUUUCAAGCCCAUGCUUUCAGAGAAAUCCAAGGGGAAGGUCACAUGGGAUGCCAAGGGAGUAAAUGGCUUUGAUAAGUCUGAUGUUUGCCAUGAUGUAUUCUUGGUCCAGCAUGACAUGGAGAACAUGUACAUGUGGGCAUUCAAAGAGAGGCCGGAGAAUGCACUCGGGAAGAUGCAACUGCGGAGUUAUAUGAAUGGGCAUUCCCGUCUUGGUGAACCUCAGUUCCCUUUUAGUGUGGAUAGGGGUUUUGUUCGAUCACAUAGGAUGCAGCGUAAGCAUUACAGGGGACUGUCAAACCCUCAAUGUGUCCAUGGAGUUGAGGUUGUAUCUUCGCCCAAUUUGAUGGUUGUAUGCGACGUGGACAGAAAGAAGUGGAUGGAACUCACGGGCAAAGAGUUUAAUUUCUCAAUCCCGCCUGAGGCCAGUGACUUUGAGGAAUGGAGGAACUUGCAGACCAAUGAAUUUAAGCUCGAGAGACCUCUUUCUCUACCAAAGAGCUCUCCGCAUCCCUAUCCCAAGAAGUUGCCGAAUGGCUCAAAUUUGAAUUUGUCUUCACAGAUCAAUCAUUCUGAUGGUGAUGUGGUAGACCUUUCGCCUAUUUGCCGCAAGCGUAAGAACGACUUUUUUGCCUGUGGAAUGGAGGAGGAUGCGUGUUUUCCUUCAAACUCACAUGCUGAGAAAGGCCAGGAUAUGAACAUGCAACAGAUUGCGCCCUCAUGGUCGAAUGAAUUUACUGGUGUGAUGAGGCGUGCGCACGGCCCUGUGACUGCCGCAAAGACAAUAUAUGAAGAUGAUGAGGGAUAUUUGAUAAUGGUGAGUUUGUCAUUUGCCGAUCAACAUAGCGUGAAGCUUUCUUGGAGGAACCAUCUCAUGCACGGUAUACUGAAGAUAAUAUGUGCCAGUACAGCCCGGAUGCCAUUUAUAAAAAGGCUUGACAGGACCUUCAAACUGACUGAUCCCUCCCCUGAGCAUUGCCCUCCAGGGGAAUUUGUAAGGGAAAUAACAUUGCCCACGCGAAUUCCUGAAGAUGCAAAGCUGGAAGCAUGCUAUGACGAGGCUAGUGCUUUGCUCGAGAUUAUGGUUCCAAAGCACCCUGUUGGACCCGAAGAGCAUGAAGUUCGAGUUUGCAUUCGCCCUCAUCACCUUGGACCUAGUGAUAUUAUAUUGACUUGAACAGGUAGUAGCCAUAGGCGUUUGAUUCUCGCAGAUUUCCUUUAUUCGUAAUUUCUGUAGCGACAAAAGGAAAUCUGUAAAAUUACACUGUAAGGAUAGUUUUCCUGUUGUUUCUUUCUUUCUUUCUUUCUUUUUUAGUGGAUAAUGUGCUGCUUAUUGUUGCUUCUUCAUCUAAGUUGUCAAGUUAAUCGUUGUAGAUCAGAGUGGAAACUCACUCAAACUUGUAACUAAGAUUAUGCUAUCCAUAGUUUCAGUCUUAGAGUUUC